AUGGCUGAAGUGCACACAAACGAAGUUAACAUUGAUGAAAAUAACUAUCUUUUUUAUGGGGAGGUGGAGCUAGAGCAGGCUGGGGAUGUUAUGGUGCAGGCUGGGGAUGUUAUGGAGGAGGCUGGGGACAUAGAGCAUGGUGGAAACGUUGAGUACGCCGGAGACAUUGGGUACGCCAGAGAUGUUGGGCACACCGGAGACAUAUGGGAGCAGAGCGGUCAAGAAAGUUUUGCAAUAAUGCCAUCCACAAUAGUGUUAUGGGACUACGCACAGGAAAUUGUACAAGACGAUAUGGAACACAGGCAAACUCAUCCGCACGACCCACAUCGCGCUCACCCCCCCAUCCAAAUGUUGCAUCGCGACAAAUGCCUCCUAGCGUUGAUGGUGGAGGAUAGGCGCGAAGUGGUGUUCCAACUAUGGCAGGAGUUGGACGAGAUAGAGUAUCUAUUGGGUUUAGAGCACAUCUAG